AUGAGACUCAGAGUAUCGUUUUCCAAAAGAGAGGAUCAGAAGGAAACCCCGCCUCUUACACCCACUACUAAUUAUCAUACGACAAAAUCGAGCUGUUGCAUCACCGGCUCAUCACUUGUGAACCUCUGCUUUCCACUGCUCUCCUUCCUGCAGAAGAUGAGUUUGGGACACAUGGAGAACAUGCCUUUGCACCAGGUAGCUCCCUCAGGGGCACAGAGGCCAGGCUGGAAGCUGUGGGUCUUCUCAGCACUAGCUCUUGUGCUGCUCGUGUGCUCCGUCAGUACGGUAGUCUUCGCUCUUCUCUCACUCAAGACCGUCAGCACGCCCUGUGUCGCUAAGUUUGGACCAUUACCGUCAAAAUGGAAAAUGGUAUCUCUUGAGCCUUCUUGCGUGAGGCAGAUAGCUGACUGGAAGCUCCAGAUACUUCAGAACGGCUUGUAUUUGAUUUAUGGCCAGGUGGCUCCCAACACAUUAUGGAAGCAACUAGCUCCUUUUGAUGUGCGGCUCCUCAAAAACGGAACCAUCAUCCAAAUUGUAAAAGAUAACACUACAAUCCAAAAUGUAGGCGGGACUUAUGAGUUGCAUCAUGGAGAUACAAUAGAAUUGACCUUCAACACUCCACACCAGGUUCUACAGAAUAAUACGUACUGGGGGAUCUUACUGCUAGCCAAUCCCCAAUACAGCGCCUAG